CUCGUAUCGAUCUGUAUAAAUCACAUAUCUACCUCUAUCUCUAGCCUGCCUUCUUUUCAUUGAUCGAAUCUCGCAACCAUGUCCCUCUACAAGCUCUCCGAUGACAUCCUCCUCGAAAUCGCAGAAUGGGUAAAUACAAAUGGCUACAUCCCAGACUACAGCUCUGUCACUGAGCGAGGGACGAAAUUCCUCGCGUCUCUUGUACUCUGCUCUCGUCGGCUGAACAGCAUCGCUACGCCUGUUCUGUACAGAACAUUCGUCCAAACCAAGUACGGAGCAUUACCUGCCUUCCUCCGUACCAUUCUAGAAAAACCCCAGUUGGGUGCCUUAGUCAAGGAUAUCGUUGUAUCAGAAAUUGACGAGGAGGAGAGUAUGGAGAUGGGCGGUCUCUCUCGCCAGGAGAUCGAAAGAUUGGGUCUCAGAGCUGAUGUUCUAGAUCAUUUUGAGAGCGAGAUGUCGAACUGGAUCGACGACCUAGAAGCUGGAAAAUGGCAAGCGGUUGCUGCACUUCUCAUCUUACUCCUCCCAGGUCUCGAAGAAAUCGUAAUUGCAUCAUACCACGGCCCGGACCUCGUGCGUAAUGGGUACAUUAACACCGCUCUCGCGUACGCAGCGCAUCAGCAGCUCACCCCUCACUCCCAACAGGCUUUGAAGAAUCUGAAGACUGUUUCGAUGGCGUACUGCGAUACCGAAUCCGGCAUGUCCAUGGAAGCAAUCCUGCCAUUCUGCGCCCUGCCGUCUGUAACUGCGGCACGGAUCCACAUGGCCUCAGACGACGAGUUCACACCCUCCUCGCAACGAUAUCAGACCAAAGAUCUGCAAAUCAACAGUAGUAAUAUCGCUUCUGGCGCCCUCAUUAAUAUCCUUCGGUGUUUCCCUGAUCUCAAGAAACUGUUCUAUGAAAAUGGCGGCUCGAUAGUCGGGUGUGAAGAUUUCCUUCCCCAGUAUCUGGGGAGGGCGAUUGAGCACUUGAAGGGGUGUCUUGAAGAAUUGACGGUUCUCGAUCAGGGGGGUUAUAUGGGCAACGAUGAAGAGCAGGAGGCUAUUGGGUCAUUGGCUGGGUUUCAGAAGCUCAGGAGGGUGGCCAUGGAUUAUGACUGCUUGCUGAAAGCUGACUCCCAAAUUAACGAUGAAAAUGAAGACGAAGACGAAGGAGAUGGAGAUGGGAAGCCGAGACUCGUAAAUGUUCUCCCGCCUUCCUUAGAGUUUCUCGCAGUCGCGAGGUGUGAACCGGAUAUUUUGGAUCAAAUCCGCGAGCUGCUGGAGCAGCAGAAACACGGGGAAAGGUCGAACUUUCCCUUGCUAGAGAAGGUUAUCAUCGGAUUUGUGGAUAAGCCCAAUGUUUCUCCUGAGCGAAUUAGCGAGCUGAGAAGGGUCGAGGAGGAGUUGGUUGCUGAUGGGAAGGAGAUGGGCAUUGAGGUGGUGAUCGUGCAUCCCAAAUUUCAGAUUGGUGGGCGUAAUGCCGAUUUUGAGGCGGCGUUUCAUUUCGACGGUGUAUGGUCUCCUUAAGACCUUGUGCACCAAUUAUCGCCUCAGGUCUUUUAUCAAGAUAAUCUACACAGUGCGGCAUUCUGUAAUAAUAACUUAUACGCUGGAUUGUUGUCUCGAGGGCUUUCUAUUUCCGUUGACUCUCCGAUCAAAAUAUUCCCGGAAUAAAUCUCUUCGUCUUGCGAUGGUACUUCUCCCACUCUCUUCCAAACUCCCUCUUCAACAUCGCCUCCUCAUCUUUAACCCUAAU